AUGAGCCCAGUGCGCACAGCCGUCGUGGCGGGAGGAGGGGCGCUGCGGCUGCUGCGCUCCAUUCAUCUGCCCUGCGCGGCCUUUCAUCGUUGCGGUUUCUCCUCGCGGGGAUGUCGUCGUGGCGUCUUGUCGGUGCCGGUGGAGGAUUUGACGCCGAAAUCCAUUGCGUUGUUUCACUCGUACGGCCCCCCGACAUCCGGCACCGUCCCAGUCGUCACCGAUACGACUGCCUUCACUCGAAUUCUCAACGACGUGCUGGUAAGGGAUGAUUCAGGCGCCAAUGAUGUCAUACGUAACCUCCGCCGCUUCUUGAGGCAGAAGCGUGAGGAGCUGGCGCCGCUGCUGGCCGAAAAACACCGCAUUGACGCCGUUGUAGACAACCGCUAUGUCCCGCUGUUAGGUUGCCUCGUCCUCGCCUUUCUUGUGACGCAGUUUGUUGUGCUUUUCCGCUGGGCAUUUAUUGUGUUUGAUUGGAAUCUUGUGGAGCCGAUGACUUACUUUCUUGGCUACACCGUCGUGUGGGCGGGCAUCGUUUUUCACUGUUACUACGCACGGGAGUUGACGUGGGAGGCGAUGCUCGACACGGUGGCUCACCGCCGUCGAGCACACUUAUACGAAAAGGCAGGGAUCGAUGUGAAGAAGGUGGAACGACUGCAGCGGGAGGUUUGCGGGAUUGAAAGGAUGCUGUCAAAGUAUGGAUUGCAAUGA